AUGGCUGAGCAGCCCGUCUACACCAAUAUAACUCCAACCGAGACUGAAGUGACCAGAGAGAGACAACCCAAGUCCCACCGCUGUCCAGGUCACCAUUUCCGGAACUCUACAUUUACGUUUGGCUUCCUCCUCCUGACGCAUUUUGUUGUGCUGGCUUUCUGGUUAUGGCACGUGAUACAAGUUGGAGCCAAAAAUCCAGAUGAUGAGUUGAGACUGGAGCUGAACAGAAGUCUGGACACCCAACAGAACGUGACUCAGAUGCUGGAAGACGCCAAACAACGGGUGACCUGCCUGAGAAGAGCCAUCCUGGUGUCAGAUUACACCAGUAGGUGCCCCCCGGGAUGGACAUUGGUAAAUCAGAAAUGUUAUUUCCUCUCCACUGAUAAGAAGACGAGAGAGGACAGCGAGAGGUCCUGUGUGGAGAACGGAGCUGUGUUGGCCACGGUGAGGAGUAAAGACUCCAUACUGAAGUGUCACAUUCAGAAUCAGAAUGCAGAGUUCUGGGUUGGAUUACAGAAGAGGAUUACAUGGACUGGAAAUGAUUCAGUGACUCAGUGGUUCUGGUCUGACGACACAACAGAGCUGUCUCUGCAAAACACGCCAACUGCACACUGUGCGAAAAUGGGUCAAACUCUUGUAUUAUCUCCGUGUUCUGAUCUCCUUCCCUGGAUCUGUGAGAGGAAACCCAGCAAAUCCAACUUACUGGACAAAGCCAACGCCUGCUAG